CUGGCCACCUCUGCAACGAUUGCAUUCCCACUUCACGAUGGCUUACCGACUGCUGGUGAGCUGUCUGCUACUGCUACAGCUCGUACUAACGCAAGCCGACGGAGGUAGCUUUCUAGCACCGUCCGGCAGUAACUACUGUCCCAUACCGCUGGAAGUGCUGGAGCAGGAGAACGGCACCGCCCCGGCCGACUGGAGCGCCAGCUGCACCCAACGCCGCACGGAGGAUCACGCCAAGGUCGAGCAAGCGGUCGCAGUAAUCAAGGACCACCUGGAGAAGCAGGCGGCCGCCACCAUACCGAUACGGGACGAGUUGCGCCAGUUUGGCGGCACACUGUUACCACUGCUAAACUCCGCCCAGCUCAAGACCGAUGCCGCCGAGCUGGACGAGCUGCGCAUGAGCGUGCUGGUCGCUGCGAUUGAGGCGGGCCGCAUACCAGAAGCGAUGGCGCAGUUCCUCAUGCUGGCCGGCUGGAACCGGUGGCCGCAAAUCGUCGCCCGGAUCUACCAGAACACGAGACGCGACCGGCAGCACAUCGCGAACCUGCUGGAGUUUAUCCGCAUCGUGCCGGCGCGCGACGACCGGGUCGCGUUCUACCACGAGCUGAAGAAGCACAUGGUCUCGAGCAAGGACUACGAGUCGUACCUCGGCGCCCUGUUUGCGGCCGACGCGUUCCAUGUGGUGUACGAGGCGGACGGCAAGACGCCGCUGAACGAGAGCGACGUGAAGGCGCUCUACACCACGAUGCUGGACGGUGCGGGGGCGUACUUCCAGCGGGCCCUGCUAACCGGUGCCAACCGGUACGAUCUGUUCCUGCUCGACGAGCAUCAUCCGCAGCUGUUCGACCUGCUGUUCGACCGCAUCGUGAACGUGUCCCAGGCGGAUAUGCGCAAGUUCAACUCGUGGCAGAUGAUGGGAGCGCUCUGCCGCGUGCACCGGCCAAUGUCAAAGGUGCAGCUGUUCCGCAAGACCGCCUACCUGCUGCUGGACCACUUCAAGUGGGAGAAGGAGAACGAGUACUACGCGCCGAUGCUGGCCGGCUACUUCGAGGUGUGCCUGCCGGAGAUCCGGAAGGAUCCAGCCACCGCCGGUCUCGUCACGGAGGUGCAGAACAUCUUCGACCGCUACAAGAAGGGGAUGAACUACAAGAGCAUCUCGCACAUCAUUGGCAAGAACAUCCACGCGUACGCUGGGUAGGGUUCUGGGUAAAGAAUAAAGUGACCGACAUGUAUAAUGCAGCCAUUUCCAUCAA